AUGCUGUUUACGACGCGAAAGCCAAGGCGCGAGGCCAACGGGGAGUCCGCGUGCCCGCCGCCUCCCUCUUCUCUAUCGUCUCCUCAUUCUACUCGAUUCCACAGGAGGAAGAAGGAGAAAACGAAAAAAAAAUUGUCUUCGCCCCCGCCGAAACCGUUCCCCGAUGACCGCCGUGCUGACCGCGGGUGCAGCCCCCAGCUCACGCGGAGAAGGAGCCGAAGACACUCGGCUUCCUCUUCUGACGUGCCGGCGUCCUCGCUGUCGCCUUUGCCGCCUGUGCUGAUUGAUCUCUGUUCAGACCAAGACGAAAAUGACGCGAAAAGCCGUGAGGUCACAGACGCGCACUGCGCGGGGCCACGCGAAAGCAAGUCGCCGGCGCGUUCGCCAUCGCCGCCUUCGUGUGCUCUGUUCCCAGCCUACGCAGCGAGAGUUGCAAGUCAACGCCUGACUGUGGAAGACGAGUCUCCGCCGGACUCCUCUUUUCGCUCCUUCUCAUCAGCAGUCCGCGACACCGAGGCAGAACUCUCAGUCUCUGGUUCCUCGUUUCUGAUUCAGCGGGCACUCGGGGAAGCGCCCGCGACGCCUGAUUUUGGUGCGGCUGUCUCUUCUUCUGCCUCUGCCCUUUUUGGACCCUCCGCCUCCUCAGGCGGUGGAAAGGGACAGGCGGCUGCAUGGUCUCUCCACAGCCCAGGGGCGGCCUGGCGCGACACCGAGAGUGCGGCAGGAUCGAGGCCUGCGUGGCUGACUGUCGGGAAAAGCUUCACUGCCUUACGCGCCUCCGGCGGCAACGGCCGCGCGCUGUGGGCGUCCUCCGGCGCGGGCUCCAGCAGGCCUCUCGGGCUCCUGGGGCACGAUGGGGACAGGGACCCUGCCUCUCUGGCCGCGGAGGGCGUGCGAGAGACGAGGCGGCAGGAGGAACAGAGUCUCUUGGAAAUGAAGUUCCUCCUGGGGCGCGACGAAGAGACUCUGAAGAGGCGCUCGCGGAGACGGGAGCGGCAGAACGGGCUUCAGUACGAAGACCUCGACCUCGACUCUGUGCUGCCUCCGCCGUCGUCGGUCUUCUCUGCAGAAGACUUUGACGAGCUCGCGGGUUUCGGUCCGCCGGCGCCGGCCUGGACGAGCGCUCAAGGCGUGACGCGCGGGAGACAGCUCGAUGCCCUCGCUGAUACAUCCGAGGCAGGAGAGACAGAGGCCUCAGAAGACGAAGUCAGACGGCGUCGCGAGGGGCCGAGCCGCCCUCAGGGCAGAGAAACAGAGAGAAGGAGGAGGAAGGGCGAGACUGAGGAGGGUGUGCGCUCGUAUUCCGCGCGGGGCGGGGAGGGUGAACAGAGAAGGCGAGGAAAUAAAAGGUGCAAAGAAGGCGACUCUGAAGAAGACGAGGCGGAGCAAAUGCCUGCGCUGCGUUUGUUCAGCUUCACACUUUGGGGCCGCGGGGCGCCGGAUGCGGCGCGGAAGGCCCAGAAGAAGGAGACGGAGGUCGAUGAUCGAACGCAACGGCGGGAGGCUCUUGGAAAAGCGGAGCGAGCAGCGCUUGAGGCCGGCGGCGACGGAAUGCCCUACUACGAGAGGGUUCCCUUUAUCGUGUCUUCGUCAUCACCUUCUUCACCCUCUUCUUCAUCUGCUUCCGCUCCUUCUUCAUCUGUCGCUCUGGCGCGGCUCGCGCGGGCCUCGGGCCGCCCCAGCAGGCGGCCGUCCUCGCUGCGGCCUUCCACGCCCCUGUCGGUGGUUUUUCUGCCUGUUCUCUGUUCUUCGCCGUCGGCUGAAAAAGCCUCCGCGCCCAGGGAUCGGGCUUCGGCGGCAGCGCGGCGAGGAGGCGGCGAGAAAGACGCGCCUGCAGUGGAGGCCGUCGUCGCGCCCGAAGAACGCAGAGAGCGAUUGCAGGGCGCCGAAAAUGAAGACGCAGGCCUCUACAGUGUAGCUGUGACGUUCGAUGUUGAAGGCGCGGAUCCCUCAGGUCGAGAGAAGGACGAGGAGAAGGCGAAGGAGAUCGCGCGAGACGCCGCGGCUGUAGGCCCGCUCCGAGGCGCGGGCGAGGAGAACGCGGAUGUCGAGCUUCAGGUUGAGCAACUGCGCCAGCGGCUGCACCUGCGCUGUCGGCGCGUUCCUGGAGACGUAUCGGCGUGGAUUUCACAAGUUGCGUUCGAGCCCGCGUUCCUCUUUUUCAGCCGAGCCGCCCGGAGCGCCGCAGCGCUAGUUAGCCAGGGCUGCCACAGGCAACUGUCCCUCCUGCAUGCCGCGCGCGUCGCGAACCCCAUCGACCUCCACCUCCUUUUCCUCUCUCUCCUCUUCGCCUCCCUCGAGGACGAGCCUGCGCGAGCGCUCUACACCUGGCGCCGCGCGCUGCUGCAGCUGCCGGUCUCGCCGCGAGGCACCGCCCUCGCGCCUGCGCAUGUACGGAGUGCGCCCCGCGCUCUGCAGGCCGCGCACUCUGCGGGCGCCGCGGAGGGCGCAGGACAGGAGGUGGCGCCGGAGGACGGAGGGGGUAGAGCCUCGCAGGGCGAGCAGGACGGGGAACGGGGGGCUGGCGGGGCUGUAGCGCCCUGUUUCGUGCUUGCAAACUGCGAGGGCAGACUGUGGCUGGAGCACUUCCUCUUCGCCGUCGGCGUCUUCGACAUGUUUUCCGUUUCAGCGGCCCGCGCGCUUGCAGGCGACCUCCUCGACAUCCUCCACGCGCGCCGGGCGGAAGGAAGGCAGUGCCGAGCAAGAGGGGCGAAGGAAGGAAGCGAGGUAUGGAGGAGUGGGGGAGAGAGCGGCGCAUGCGGACGCCUGCCGAGCGAGUCGCCGCGUAUGCAAAUCAUGCUGGGUGGAUUGAUGCCGUGUGAACUCCUCUCGGGACACGCGAGCUUUGCCGUGAGGCUGCUGCAGGCUCUCCUACACGUGGGGGUCUACGCAGCGAGCCUGGGCGCUGGUGGGCGCGUCCUUGGUCUUCAGCAGCUCGAGCUCGCCUUCGCUUCGUCACACAACCUGCACUUCGGUGACCCGUGUGCGGGCUACCUCCUUCUCUCCACGAGGCAGCUUUCGUCUUUGGUCAGUGAUGCUUCUUCGCUCUCUUCAUCCUCGCAAGCCGACGCCGCCUCGCGAGAUGGCGCCGAGGAGCUCCGUUUGUGCGAGGCCGUCGAUGAGUGGGUCGCCAGCGAGAGGCGGCGCCUGCGAGAAGCCCACGCCAGGGGAUUUUCGUUCCUUGAGGCGGACGCGCUGAGGAGGAAAAACUCAAGGCGCGACUUGGGGUUUGAGGGAGUGCAUGUCCUAGGCCUCAGCGACGCGUCGGAGGGAGGCGAGGGAGCAAAUUUCUCUGAAUUAUUUUUCACAUUCUUCCUCCAGCAGGCCAGCCAGGCGGUGUCGCUCUUUGACUGGUUCCUUGCCGCCGAAGAGGCCAGCUCGCGGCUCGCGUGGUGUAGAGUCGAGGGCGACGCAGAGGGAGUCGAACGGUCGCAGAAGGCAGAAAGCAAGAAGAGGAAAAACACUGAAGAGCCUGGCGCCUGGUGCUACCCCGCCCCCUCGCCGUCCUGCCGCCUACCGCCCGCGAGGACUCCAGUCGCCGCUGCUGUGUUUUCCUCGCUUCCCGUCGAGGCUGUCUUUUCGCUCGGCUCGCCGCGGGCCUCCAGGGGCGAUGCGCAGCGGCCAGACGAGUGCGUUGCCCUCAAGCGCCUUUGCUUCCCACGUGAGGAUGAAGAUGUCGCCGGCGCUGAGACGGGAGAGGGUGUGGCGACUGCGCCCUGUGGAGAGCGAGGAGAGUGCGCAGGGCUUGGUGACGAAUGUGAAGAGGAGAGGAAAAAGGCGCGGCAACGCGACGUCCUCCUUUCAGGCUUGGAUGCCUUGGCCUCGCCAUCUCUUCACCGCUUCUGCUCGAACCACCCGCGCGCCAUCCGCGCCGCUGAGCGCACCACCGACGCUCGUCUGCUGCUCACGCUUGACCUCCUCCUUCGCGGGGCUUCUGCGCCGCAGGCCUCGUCGUCCGCCGCUUUUCCAAUCGGCUCCCGCCGCGACGCGGGUCAAGACCCUAGCCAGGAAGGUGACGGCAGCUCUUUUCCGCCGCGGGUUGAUCGCGCGGAGGAGGGCGACAAAACGGGGACGAAGGCGAAGAAGGCGCGGAGGCGAGAGGGGCAUCCCGGCGCGCUCUUUGGCUCCUGGUGGCCUGACAGUGCCUUGGGCGGGGAGGAGGAGGAAGCCUCCUUCGCGGCGACGCUGGCGGGCGCGUGGCGCUGCGCCGAGGAGAGGAUGCGGCAGGCCUCUGCCUGGUACGAGGCGCAACGCGGAAAGAAAGAGAACGACGGCGAGGCUACCUCUACACAUAGACGAUUGGAUGAAAUCGCACGAAAGGACGCAGACGCGGCAAGCAAGACUCACGUAGAGAGACGCAGCUUGACGCACCGUCUGGGGGCUGCGACGGCGGACGAAGGAAGCAGAGACGAAUACCGGAACGAAGAGGGGAAGAUCAAAGGAGGCGGCGAAGACGAGGAGGGCAGCGCCGCCGGAGGCAUGGAGAAGGAGCUGCGAGAAGGAUCAGGAAGGACUCGCGCACAGCUCAUCGGGCUCCUCGCUUCACAGGCUCUACUCUGUCUUCCGAGGGAUCCGUUGGUCGCCUACUGCGUCAUGGCUGCCUGCCGCAGCCACAAAGUCACCAAGACCGUCCUGCGGCUCUUCCCCGCGAGCCCCGGCCUCUGGCUCGCCUACGCGUCCUCCCUCUACCACACCGCCUUCCAGCAGCCCCCACGGCGCUCUCCGCCUCCACCGUGGCUCAGCUCUCCGCCUGCAACCCCUUCUGCCUCGUCGGAGUCGACAGGCGUGCCUGCGCGGAAAAGAGAGAGAAACGCCGGCGCCGCGGAGAGAAGUCCGCUGGCGGCGGCGCGGCGCGUGAUGCUGACGUGUUGCGCCGCGUUCACUCGGCACCUUCCGCUCGCCGCCUCGUGGGUGCAUCUGGAGCUCCUUUCGAAGAAAUCGCUGGCUGUCUCGACGCCUCCCGCGUCCGCGGCGGCGGCGCUCGCUGCGCGCCUCUCCGCGAGCCCGCAAGACGUGCUGCGCCUCUGCGACGCGCUCGCCUCGCCACUCGACGGCACGCUGGCUACGCUCUGCUGGACGUAUCCGCUCCUCUCUGCGCGAGCGCCUGCCGCGCCUGCAGCUGCAGCUGCGGCCGCUCCUGCUUCGGGUCUCGCCGGUGGGUUGCUGGUGCCGUGGGAGGGCGCAGGCGUCUCGUCCUGGGCAGUCGAGAUUGCCUGCUGCGCCGCGGAGGAAAGCUUCGCCUCGGCCGCGGCUCGGUUGACUGCAGCGGGCGCAGCCCAGGGGGCAGACCGUCCGCCCGCGGCUGCGACAGAAAACCGAAAAAGAGCUGGAGAAGGGGCGACGGGACAGAGCGAGGCGGAGCCGCAGACUGCGACGGCGUGCAUGUCGCGCAGUCGGCUGAAAGCUGCCAAACUGAAGUUCCUCCACCGCUUCAAGACUCUUCUUGCAGAGAAACAGGGUACCGUCUCACCGGCGGAAGAGCAGGAGUUUCCGCUUUUCUCGUCGCCGCUUUUUUCGUGUGUAUAUCUCCUCUGCGUGUUAUCCGCCGCCCUCGCCCCCUCGGCGCCCGGCCUCGCAGUGUGGCGUCUCUUUAGGCGCGCGGCGCUUCCAGUCGCCUUCGCACUCUCUCCCGAGCUGCGCUCUUCGGCAGGCGUGCCUCCGCCAACGCCCGCGAAAUCGGCACCGGGCCCCGCUGCGUGCCCGUCUCCGUCUUUGUCUGGCUCUGCUUCCUCUUCCUGUCGGGCGGCCUCUUUGGCCGCUGCGGAGGAGGCAAAUGGAGAGACGCCCUCAGCAGCCGACGUCAGUGGUCUGCCAUUUCUGGCUGGAGUCUCGGAUCAGAAUCUGACGGGCGUGUCUGCGGCUGCAGAGGCAGGCGCGCGUUUAUACGGGGAAGCAGCGCGGUGCCUGGAGCUGCUGUUCACGUUUCUGCUGGCGCUGCUGCUGGCGCUCCGCCGCUCGGACCCGCGAGGGGCCCUGCCAAUUCCCAGAAACAGGGGAAGACGAGCGAGACGGGGAGCAGGCGAGGACGAUGUCGAGCGCGGGCGCGAACUCGGCACCAGGCAAAGCCGCUACUAUGGAGAGUGGGAAAAGCAAACGAGGGAGGAAGAUGUCCUGCUGCGAGCCGCUGAGCUCUCGCUUGCUUUCUUCCCUCGCAACCGACUCUUCCUCGCGGUGUACGUACAGCACUUCCGGCGCUGCAACACAGAUGCGUUCGAUGUGCGGCACCGCCUUCUGCACCUACUACGCGUCCCCUUCCUCGGCCUUUCCUCUUCGCCCUGGCCGUCUGCAGCGCGAGCGCCCCGGGGGGCGCCCCCGACCGCUCGCGAAGGAGACGCAGCUGUGGACCGGGACGAAGGCAGGAACGAGGCGGGCGGCGGAGCCCGCGGGGCGAGGAAGCCGCGGCGCUGGGAUGUGGGGCGCGUCGGAGGCGGGGGAGAAGGAGACAGGGCCGCAGCGCCGCAGGCCCUGGAGACCGCAGACUGCGGACGCGAGAGCGAAGACGGACGGUGUGCCUCCGCUGCAGCAGAGGAGAGCGCGCGAGGGCGAGCGGUUGGAAACGCAGGUCGCUGCGGAGAGAAGAGGAAGCAGAUGCUGAGGCGCGAGGGGCGCGAGCGAACUGAAGGCAGCGGGGCCGUAGAGCAAGAAGGCGCGGAUACAGAUGAGGAAGGGGAUGAAGUUGAGGCGGCAGUGGUCGCCGACGCUAGAGGACGCGACGCUGAUCAUGGAGAUGAUCUCGCUGCAGACGGGGCCUUUUCCCUGGCGUCUCUCGAGGCCUGCGUCCUCGCCGAGCUCCUCACUGGCGCCCCGUCUCUUAAGUUCCUCGCAGCUGCGUUCGAGUCUGCGCUUCACGCCGCUCAACAGGCUAUUGCGUAUGAGGCAUGGCCUUUCUCGAUCCGUCCCGGGCCUCCAUCGGUUCCUCCUUCGCCCCGCUCUUUGGGUUUUUCGUAUGAGGCGCCGACGUCGUCGCUCGCGAAGGAGGCCAUUUUCUUCCUGUAUGCCCACGUCCUUUUCCUUAGCCUUCGGUCGCUCCCCGGACACGGCGGAGGCCGCGGGGCGGGCGCGGCACGAGCACAGGUGGCGGGAGACGCCCCGGAGUCAGGGUCAGAGCGCAAGAGACGGAAGGCCCUCGAGAGAGACCUCGACAGAGUGCUCGUCCGAGCUGUCACGCAGUGUCCGUACUCGAAGAGGCUGUGGCUGCUGCGCCUUCGGCGGCUGGCGUCUGUCCGCGCGCUGCGCCGCGCCUCCUCGUCAGACUCAAUCCGUCCCUCGGCGCUCGUCUUCUUCUCUCCGGAAGAUCGCAAGCCGCCGAGAAAGCGCGUCCCCGUUGCAUCAGCUGCGCUUCCUUCUGUCUCUUCCUUUGCAUCUUCUCGCUCCUCUUUGCCCUCGGAUGUCGAUGCGGAAGCUCGAACUGAGCCCGAGGGAGAAUCGGCGCGCAAAGCGCCGCCCAGCGAACGACAAGGACCCUUCAGCUCGUGCGGGGGAGAGAGAGAAAGGAAGAAAACAGACACUCGGGGAAGCGCGCAUCACGACGCGCGAGAGCAGGAGCUUGCGGCAGUGAACCUGUCGCUCUCUGCGGACGACGAGGUCUUCCUUCAGUGCCUCGAGGACGUGUGGGAAAAAGGAAUCGCGCUGAACUUCGAUCCGCUGCUUGGAUUCGUGUGA